AUGUCGGCAAGAACUACGCGGGAAUGUUUGUAUCGGUUUUGCCAUAAUGUGGUGAAACUGUAUAGCAAAAAAUAUUUGCGGAAACCAAACGCGUAUGAUGUUCAACAGUUGUACCAAGCUCAUGAAGCAAGGCACGGGUUUCCGGGAAUGCUUGGUAGCAUUGAUUGUAUGCAUUGGGGGUGGCAUAAUUGCCCGACUGCGUGGCGCGGCCAAUAUACGCGAGGUGAUCACGGAUAUCCAACCGUGAUACUUGAAGCUGUGGCAUCACAAGAUUUGUGGAUAUGGCAUUCUUUCUUUGGUCUCCCUGGUUCACUCAACGACCUCAACGUGUUAUACCAAUCGGCCAUCUUUACCGAUGUCGUUAAUGGAACGGGACCGGACACACGUUUUACAGUUUCUGGGGUUGAGUAUAGACGUGGGUAUUAUCUUGCUGACGGGAUAUAUCCGUCUUGGUCUACAAUUGUGAAGACUAUUCCAUAUCCCGAGGACGAAAAACGGAAAAAAUUUGCCAAGCGUCAAGAAGCUGCAAGAAAAGACAUCGAACGUGCUUUUGGUGUCUUACAAAAAAAAUGGGCCAUCGUUGCACAACCGGCACGUGCGUUCACCCCAAAAAGGCUGCGUCUUUGUAUGUACGCUUGCAUUUUGCUCCAUAACAUGAUUAUUGAAGACGAAGGUCGGGCGAUUUGUGAGUAUGAUGAGAAUGCAGCUUGGGGGAACACUGUCCCGGUUGAUCCCCCACAACAGGAUUUAAACUCGUUCUCGCUAACAAACGACUUCACGCAUGCAAACCUUCAACAAGAUUUGGUAGAACAUAUUUGGAACAACGUUAACAUGGUGGACGGUGACGGAGCCGAAGACGAAGACGAAGACGAGUAG